GAUUGACAUAGCUAUCCGUUACUUUUACACAAACCCUAGCUUCAAAGUCAAAAACCCUUGAGACAAUCACCAUCACCAAAUCUCUCUCUUUCAAUGGCUUCUUCUUCCACUGCGAUCCUUCUCGGACCACCUUCCGUCGCCGCCAUGGAGACACCAGUUUCCGAUGACAACAGUGUAAUCUCCCAAAUUGCCACACUAAACCUAGAAGAACCACAGAUGGGUCUGACGGAAAACUUCUCGCCCACGUUUCUAACCUCCGGGAACCCAUGUCUCGAUUUCUUCUUCCAUAUCGUCCCAGACACACCUUCCGAUGAUCUGAUCCAAAGGCUGGCCAUUUCUUGGUCUCACGAUCCUUUGACUACGUUGAAGCUCCUCUGCAAUCUCAGAGGUGUUAGAGGAACUGGAAAAUCAGACAAGGAAGGGUUUUACACAGCUGCCUUGUGGCUUUACAAGAACCACCCAAAAACUCUAGCUUUGAAUAUCCCUACUCUUGUCGAUUUUGGGUAUUUCAAAGAUUUACCUGAGAUUCUGCUUCGGAUCUUGGAAGGUCAGCAGACGGAGAGAGGUAAGACUCGGGUUUGGAGGAAGAGGAUUCAGAGGAAGUUCAAAGGGGAUAGUGAGAAAAAGUCUACCAUAUCCGGUGACAUGGAAGAUCGGAUUCUCGAAACCGCGGAGGAGACUGGUGGUCCUGUUGGUAAAGUCAAGGCUAGGGCUUUACGGAAACAGAGAGAGUUCGAAAAGGCGAAAAAGGCUCUAGAUAGGUAUAACUCUGAUGCUAAUUACAGAUUACUCUUUGAUCAAAUUGCCGAUUUGUUUGCGGAAUUAUUGAAAUCAGAUUUGGAGUAUUUGAAUACAGAUAAUUUGAACAAGAUUAGUUUAGCUUCGAAAUGGUGUCCUUCUGUUGAUUCUUCGUAUGAUAAGACUACUUUGAUAUGUGAGGCUAUUGCUAGAAGAAUGUUCCUUAGAGAGGAAUACGAAGAAGGUAUCGAAGAAGUGCAUUAUGCAUAUAGGAUUAGAGAUAGGUUGAGAAAAGAAGUUCUUGUCCCGUUACAUAAAGCUCUUGAGUUGCCAGAGGUGUCUAUGAGUGCCAAGGAAUGGAAUCUGUUGAAGUACAAUAGAGUUCCUUCUAUAGCCAUGCAGAAUUAUAGUUCACGCUUUGCGGAACACGAUAGCGAGAGGUUCACCGAGUUUUUGGAGGAUGUGAAAUCCGGGAAGAAGAAGAUGGCGGCUGGUGCGUUGCUUCCUCAUCAGAUUAUCAGUCAGCUUUUGAAUGAUAGUGAAGGUGAAGAAGUAGCAGAGCUUCAAUGGGCGAGAAUGGUUGAUGAUCUUGCCAAGAAAGGGAAGUUGAAGAACUCAUUGGCGAUUUGUGAUGUCUCGGGAAGCAUGGCUGGUACACCUAUGAAUGUUUGUAUUGCGUUAGGGUUAUUGGUUUCGGAACUUAAUGAAGAGCCGUGGAAAGGGAAAGUUAUCACUUUUAGCGAAAACCCGCAGCUUCAUGUUGUCACGGGUUCGAGUCUGAGAGAGAAGACUAAGUUUGUUAGAGAAAUGGAUUUUGGAAUCAACACAGAUUUCCAGAAGGUGUUUGAUCGGAUUCUAGAGGUUGCUGUCGAGAAUAACUUAACCGAUGAACAGAUGAUCAAGCGGUUGUUUGUGUUCAGUGACAUGGAGUUUGAUGAUGCAAGAGUAGACAGCCAUUCGGAAAUGAGUGACUACGCGAGUAACUUGGAGAGUGACUACGAGAGUGUCCCGGAGAGUUUUGAGAAAUGGGAGACGGAUUAUGAAGUUGUUCAGAGGAAGUAUAAAGAGAAGGGUUUUCAGAAUGUUCCUGAAAUUGUAUUUUGGAACUUAAGAGACUCGUCAGCUACACCCGUGGUGUCUAAGCAGAAAGGUGUAGCUAUGGUUAGCGGGUUUUCGAAGAAUCUACUGACUCUGUUUCUUGAGGAAGGUGGGAUUGUGAAUCCUGAAGAUGUCAUGUUGUUAGCCAUUAAAGGUGAGGAGUAUCAGAAGCUUGCUGUUUAUGACUGAGAAGUUUUAUUCAUUUAAAUAUUGGAUUUUGUGAGUACAUGAAUGAAUCUUGUUUAAGUUUUUUUUUUUUUUCUAAGUACCUAUGUCUAAUAAGAUACAGCUAAGAAAAUGAAAUGAUCUAUAGAAGUCAUAAGAUGAGGC